UGCCUCCGUCAGCUACAUGGCAGAGGUGCUAUAACUGCAGCUUCCAGCGCUGGAAAGAGCGCCAGCAGGCUGCUAUCACUACAAGUGCAACUGCAGAGUCUAUUUUACCGGUGGACAGUACACAUGUGGGUCCCUCGAAUUCCGAUGAGGCCAUGCAUGGCGUUGAGCCUCCGUCGCACGAUACACUAGAAGCAGUCGUGGUAGACCGAGUUGCGAUCAACAGAGAUCUGGGAAUAGUACUGGCUUCACACUCACAGGGAGCAGUCCUUGAUGCAGUAGACAAACUACCGUUGUCGGAGCUUCCUGAUGGACAAUCCGUCAUUGAUGCCACGGCAGUCGCGAGUACUUCCAGUACACUCGUUGCUGAGUGUGGUAGAGACGCUGGCGCCGAACCUGAAAUUAACAAGGUUUACAUCUUCGGAUCGGACAGCGACCUGACGGAUCUCUCCUCGGAAGACGAAGAUGUCGAUUCGGACCCUGAGGCCGAAGACUCAUCCACAAUCAAGAUUCACAUUCCUGUGCUUGCUUCUCGACUUCCUGGCGGCGCCAGUGCGCGAGUGUGCGGGAUCAAGCGUUGUAACAUCGUAUUGCCUCAGGAAUACCGCUGGAAGAUCUGUGAUCCCUGCCGGAGAUACAAACGGCAGUACCAGAGGAUUCGUAUGGAGAAAGCCCGCCGUCAUAUGGCGAACUUUUCUGAGUCUGCUCUCGUUAGUGAUCAUUCUGUACCGUUUCCGGAGAUGCAGGAACAAAGCGACAAGGUGACGCCAGCGGAAAGCUCGCGCAUCUGUGCUAUUCCUCGCUGCCGCACAAGGUUACUGCCUGUGACCAAAUACCGGUGGAAAUGCUGUGGAGUUUGCCGCAUGCGUGCUCGUGACGACGCAAGAGCAAAACGAUCGACCGCUGGAACCCUGGACUUAGAACCGGUGGAACAGAGUUCAUCAUUGAACAUUUCACCCUUUCCUACCUUUCAAAACCGCAGCGUGUUGUUGUCAGAAUUUGGCGUGAUGCUGGGGCGAUUCUUGGAAGCACAAAUCUUGUACUUGCGCGCCAAGCUUCAGACAGCAGGCGAGAAAGCAUUGUUGAGGCUUGAUCCCGUGCUGUUUGCGUUCGACGGUGAAUACUCGACGGUGACUGGCCAGCGGGGAUAUCAGGAUAACGUCCAAGGCAAAUCCGACCCUGAGCACAGUCAGGAGGAUGAGAUGCAAAAGGAAGUUGUCUCCACUGUUAGGGAGCUCGACAGCACCCUCCUUACCGAAUUCAAGCCAACGGAAGGUUUCAUAAUCAAGUCCGGAGGGGUGAUCAUGCGAUACAAAUGUGCCUUAGAGCUGAUUACCCCACUCCGUCCUUUACCUAAGACAAUGGACUCGAAGGAUACCAACACUUCUACCCCCUCAGAAAGUGACACUUCGUCAUCACAUGUCCCUUACAUGAAGUCGCUGUCUGGGGAGUUGGAGGUAACGGUUGUUCCCGACGACUCGCACAGUAUUUUACUGGGUCGACGAACUAUUAUCCGAUUCCAGAUGCUAGGAUAGCUAGAUAGCUUUCGUUUGGAGUCCUUUUAUAAUACUCGCCUUACAACAUUAUGUUGCUUAUUAUUGAGAUAUAGAUACUAUCCUAUCAUCGAUUCAUCGACAUACUUAUCAUUGUCGACUUGUUCUAGCAU